CUAUUUAAUCCAAUUGCUUUUAUACUAAAGUUAUAGAGCAUUAUUUCAAGCAAUAAGCCAAGAUGCACAAAUCUAGUGCCAUGAUGAUCCACUCUAUUCCCGUCUCAACCUUCAUCCUUUUGCUAUUGCCAUUCUUUCUACAAUUUCAUUCAGGAAUGGGUGAGCUUAUGGUGGAUUACUACUCCAAAAGUUGUCCAAAUGCAGAAAAAAUAAUAAAAGAUCAAGUAUUGAAACUUUAUGAUGAGCAUGGAAAUACUGCUGUAUCUUGGGUUAGGAAUCUAUUUCACGACUGCAUGGUCAAGUCAUGUGAUGCAUCACUUCUUUUGGAUACAACAUAUAUAUCAAUGGGUAUUGAAACAGAAAAAAGCGAUUCAAGAAACUUUGGAAUGAGAAAUUAUAAGUAUAUCAAAACUAUAAAGGAUGCAAUUGAGAAAGAAUGUCCAUCCACUGUCUCUUGUGCUGAUAUUAUUGCCCUUUCUGCAAGAGAUGGCGCUCAACGGCUUGGAGGACCACAUAUAGAGAUGAAGACGGGAAGAAGAGAUAGUAAACAAAGUUAUGCAGCAAAUGUAAAAGACAUGAUCCCAAACCACAACGACUCUAUAUCAUCCGUACUAUCCCGGUUCCAAUCAAUGGGCAUUGACGUUGAAGCAACCGUUGCUUAUUAUAUUUUAGGUGCUCACUCCGUAGGAAGAGUACAUUGUAUCAACCUCGUAAACCGGCUCUACCCGACCGUGGAUCCAACUCUCGACCCUGAUUAUGCUACCUACCUUAAGAAUCGGUGCCCAAGCCCGACACCAAACCCGGAUUCAAGGAUGUACGUGGUUUAUGCAAGAAAUGACCAUGAGACGCCCAUGAUACUUGAUAAUAUGUACUACAAAAACUUGCUUAGCCAUAAAGGGUUGUUGUUGGUGGACCAAGGGCUGGUUUCGGAUCUCUACGUUAAGAAGAUGGCUGCGGAUAAUGCGUACUUCCAUGAACAAUUCUCAAGGGGGAUGAUUUUGUUGUCUGAGAAUAAUCCUUUAACGGGUAAUCAAGGUGAGAUCCGAAAGGAUUGUCGAUAUGUUAACUGAAAGCUAGCUACGUUACUAUAAUUAAUUGGUUGCUUGAUAAUUAAAAUUUGAUAUGUAUGGUCGAUGUUAUUAAUUACAACAUUAAUAAUGUGCGUUACGUACUGUCUAUUGUUUAUAUACUACCAUGUACGUGGUAUGUGCUUGGUGUGUGUCUGUGUGAUCAUGUCAUCGGACUGCUAUACAACUCUUCUAUUAGAGGUUGUACUCGUUAUAUAUGCACGUGUUGUACAUCAAUACAUGUGCGUCAAUUAAAUAAGAAAUUAAUAUUAUACGGAGUACUUUGUAUUUCUUAA